AUCCCGUCCAAGUUCGCACUCAACACUCGCUACCACCACCCCGCUCUACUCAUCAUGGCCAGUGACGCUCCCAACGACCCUGAAAUCCUCACUUAUGUCGAAAACUAUUGGCUAAGCCGCAAGCCUAGCAGCCCCAUCUACCAAUUUCUGCUCGACGAUAUCAAGCUGACGUACGCCUCCAAGGGGGUUGUGCGUGCACAGCUACUCCUUACUAAAAACCAUGUCAACACACAUGGUAGUAUACAUGGCUCCGUCUCUGCGACGCUGAUUGAUUGGGUUGGUGGCGUGGCUAUUGCCGCGUGGGAAAAUCGGUCCAAGACUGGGGUUUCCACGGAUAUCCACAUCUCAUAUGUGAGCGGCGCGAAAGUUGGUGAUACUAUAGAGAUUGAGGGCAAGGCUGGCAAGGUGGGUGGUACCCUUGCGUUCACAACGGCGACGAUAUGGAAGCUCGAAGAUGGCAAGCCUGGUCCUAUUGUCGCAACGGGUUCUCACACCAAGUUCAUCAAGAUAUGAGCUGUCUUUUGUUUUUCUCCAACGCCAUCUUCUUUGAGGUCUCGUCCCGCUCUCCAUGGACGAUCGAACUCCACUCGGAUCGCGGAAAUUGACUGACCCUUCUGCUCCCCUUCCGUGUCUAGCCUUUCGGCGACGACAGCAUGGAGAUGUGGGAGGGUCUUACAUAUCACAUAGACGAUCAAUAUGAUAGUUUAGGCAUCACAC